AUGUCAAAAAAACCACCAGCGGCAAAAAAGCAAAAAACUGAAAUUGAACCCAAAAAAUCUAGAAUUGUCAGAUCAACUAGUGAGAGGAUUGAAAAUUAUUUGAAGAACAAUGUAGGUAGGAAAUGUUGGGAAAAAUAUAUACACAAUACCAUACCAGGGUUAAAUUUAAAUAAAAAACCUUGGGUUCAACAAUGGGAUUUUGAAAACGCUGUUAAUUUAUACCAUCCGUAUCCUUACACCUGUGAUUUGCCCAAACCAUUGUUGCCGCCUGCUAGAACUAGGAGACACAUUGACAAUCAACACGACCCGGCAACUGAUCUGCUGUUUGCUAAGCAGUUCAUCCAAGAUGACAUGGAUCUGAUAUUAGACCACUUUGAAAACGAUAUAGAAGGUCACAAUGUUCUAUCAAAUAAAGAUGUCGAAUGGUCUGGGAAGAAGUAUGACAGAGGUCAUGCGGUAGUACCUCGGUAUGUUGCUGACCUUGCUGAUAUUAUUGAAUGUGAUCCAGAUCCAUUUUUCGAAGGGAAAUAUAAUUGGUAUUAUACUGGCGGGUCUAUAAAUAAUAUUUACUUCAACAAUAAAAAUUUAUUAAUCUUUCCAUUUAUGCAAGAUGUUGUUGCAAGUCCAAUAAAUCUUAAAGAUAAUUCCCUGUGGAAGCCAGAUUUAAGUAAAGCCAGUAAAUUAACUAUCGGUAACCCCGUUUACGAAGUAAGACAUCAUGUUUCAUCUGACAACUGUCGUAUUUUAGUGAGAUGUAAGCACGAGUGUGUUUUUUAUUCAUUGACUUCUAAUGAUGAGGGUAAGCUAAGUUUAGAAGCGCUGGAUAACAAGGAGAAUAAAUCCACACCGUUUAUCAGUGCCGCUCUGAACCCCGUGGAUCCAAAUCAAUUUUGUACACUUAAUGUAGGACGCAUAUUUGAGCAAUGUGAUAUGGUAUCAGGAAAAUGUUUAUCUAAAAGUCUUGUUAAUACUAGAAAUCCAGUUCCUGAUAGUUGGGGAAGUAUUAUAUAUAAUUCGAGUCCUAACAUUGUAGCUUUGACUGACAGAAAUGCUUUGCAUUAUAUGGACUUACGAGUUUCACUAAAAGUACCAACAGUAAGCAUGUAUCCUCAAGAAAUGCUAAAUGAGUGUGACUUAGUGUCCCUCCACAUGCCCAGCGAACGUCCCUCUCGUCAUUACCUCGGAACAUACCACCAUUUCUUGAUGGUCGAUGAUCGAUCUCCAGAUCAAUGUGUUCAUCAGAAAUGGACUCAUCAGUUCAGAUCACCUCCUCUGACUGGAGCUACUUCCAUGUGCGAUGGUGAAGAAGUAAUAAUUAUCUCUAGUCAAUUGCCAUCUGAAAAAUCUGUAAUUAUUAACACCUGGCAGCAAUUUGAUGAUCCACAUAGUUAUUACCUGCCUCACGCAGUUCCUACUAUUUUAGAAACUUUAAAAGAAUCUCAGUUGUUAGGAACUUGUUUAGAUCCGAUAACAUCAACAAGGGUUGGAUUAAGUACAGUUGGAUCUACUUUGAUGGUUCAUGAUAAAAAUAUUUAUUAUUUUAAUCAAAAUUCUUUAGAAGACGUUUUUUAUUCUUGUAUUACUCACAACGAGCUAGAAAAAAAUAUUAGUUUAAUAAAUGAUUAUGCUGGCCAUGCAUUAAAAUGUUGGGAAAAAGAAAUGUUAAAAAAUCAAGAAAAAUUAUUAAUACCUUUAGCAAUAACUGACCGCUUUAAUAUGGAGCAUAUAUUUAAACAAUUCUCAGACACGACAUUAAAGUACGAAUUAAGCGCAGAAGAAAAUUUCAUGCCUGAAUACUGGAGAACGCCAGUGUACAAGUUAAGAGAGUACAAGGAUCUACUGGCGCCUUUGCUAUUGGACCCAUGGGAUCUGGAGUGUGACUUGGGUGAUUACGUUCCCGAUGAACCUAAAGAGGAUCCUAAGCAACGCUGGCUAGACGAUUGGGUCCAGUCGACCACCAGUAGCCAAGCUGUUCCACCUCUGGAAGAAAAUUUGUCCAUGUCUCAGGUCCUUGAUGAUGAUCAUGAUCACAUUCCAUUCACUCCGGUAUUAACACAAGAUCAUGUCAGUGUCAGUCAACAGCACAUGCAGCCGAAUCCCGAAAUUCCAGUGCCGAUAAUUAAAACGGAGCCUGCUGAUCUUGCUGAAGAGCUCGAUGAUUUUACGACUAUUACGAAAGUUGUUAAGCCUAAAAAACCGAAGAAGAAACCUACGAGCACUUACACAGAUGGAUUUUAA